AUGUUCGCGGACGUCGAGCGCGCGCAAGCGUUGGACUUCCGGCGAUGGCGCGAGCGCAAGGUGACGCGCGACUAUACGGCGGAGAUGUUACUGCUGGUGCAGGUACAUCGCCCUCGUGGUGCCCCAUUCGGACCCCUUACUUGGACAACAGUCAUCGCCUGCAACCGCCUGCGUCAUGGUGAUUGUCCGCUCGCCCAUUGUCAGAGCUACAUGCGCAGCCAAUUGCUCUUCCGGUGGCGACGGCAGUGCACCUUCGUCAUGGGGUAUGGGGACAGGAUGGGUUUUGAGUGCGCCGGUAUUCGUCGGUAG